UCUAGGUGUCAGUGUUGUGAGUCUGUUCCACUGACGUGAACCGCAGAGGAAGUCAUUGUUUUUGCAGCCCGGGAAAAUAACUCUCCUUACACCCUGUUAGCAUGUUGCUAACUCACAAACUACACGGCGGUGAAGGCGGCGUCAUUCGGCACAAACACUUUAACGAACUAACCGCGUUAUUCAUUUACUUUAUCACACAUUAGCGCAAUGCCUUCGUUUUCAAAGCACAAGAGGAACACCAGGGAUAUGAGGUGCGUCUUGUUUCCGGAGGACGUCAAGGAGACGUUCGUCAGGAGGGGAACCUGCGAGACGCCGAAAGCCGCAAAGUCGUCGUGGGAGAGAUGCGGGGACAGCUUUUUGGACACGCCUGUGAUGGAGAAACGCGUCACUGUAAGACGGACAAGCAAGGCGGUGCAUCAGCUGGCACAGACCUCCACAUCUGGUCACGAGGAUCCCGUCCACAUCGCCUGGACGUCGAGCGAGGAUGAGCAGUCUGACGGAGAACGCCAGCUCUCGAUCACCAAGGCUGCACGGAGAUCCAGACCUGAGGUCAGCGCGUCCGGAAGAUACGGUCGCUUCCUCAGCACAGGAGCAGAGACAGACGAGCUUCCCACCAUCGAUUCAGAAAGUGAGCACGAGGACAAUUCUACAUCAAACGAGCAAAUUUCUCUGGUGGCGGCUGAGAUCUCGGACUAUUCUUCCGAUAGCGACGGAGAUCCCGACCCCAGCCGGCCGGACUCUCCCGCUGGGGAGCGACAGAAGUCCAUCAGCGAGUGGCUCCGAUCAGCCCAAGCGCUGCUCCAGACGCCCCCGAAACAAACAGAAAAGCCCUCGAAGACACCUGAAGACUCUGGGAAAAAGAAGCGCAAGUUUGAAAGUCGAGGGCUCGCAGAGAGACUGAACAGGCUUCAAUCUCGACAGAAGUCCGCUAUAAGCUUCUGGAGGCACCAGCCUGUGUCCAGCAUUACCACAGGAACAGAGCACAGACCAGGCGUGUUGGUGCUCCACGUUCAGAAGGUGUGGGAGGUUUGCGGGAUGCAGGCUGCGCUGUGCCAGAGACGCCCCGAGAGCGAGACGUGCGUCGCCCUGUUCAGCAGGGAAACAGCCACUCAGCUGGCACCCAGCGCAGACGACACCAUCCAUGUGUAUCCACCCUGGCAAAGCCUGACUGUUGACGGCGAGCGUCAUCCCAUCAUCCUCAACACUCAUUUCAGUCAGAAAGUUGUAAGAAUGACAAAGCAGGACAACAAUGGGACUUGCUUAAAGGUUCUGGGCCUCAAGGACAAGACCAAACCUUAUCCUUUAACCAGGUGCUUAUGGAAAAGGGAAGAGAAUUUCAAGUCUUCUCAGGCAUUCGUUGCUAACAAACAGCCCCACAUGGAUGUAGGAAGUGCCUCUGAAUCUCUGCUGGAGGCUUUGGAUACUUGUGGGACGACAGGAUCUGUGUGUGGUCCUGUGGAGGUGGUGGUCCAGAGGAUCUAUUCCGACUCUGUCACACAGUUUCCUCACACAAGCUUACUUAGAUACCGGACACUUAGCAAGUGUCUCUCUGAAACAGCAAAGCAACAACGCUUCAGCAGGUGUUGUUUGCUGGUGCAGGAUAUUCACGGCAUGUUCAGUGAGGUGGAGAUGCAGUACGCGUGUUCAGAAGAGGAGCUAAAAGACUUAACAGAGCAGCUGCAGGGAAAAGUGUGUCUGCUGCAGGGACUGAAGGUGAUCCAGCGCCUCACUCGCGAGAGAUGUGCUCAGCUCUUCAGUUUGAUUGACAGUUUGUGGCCUCCCACGGUUCCUCUGCACGUUCCUGGAGAAGGCUCAUGCGAUCAGACUGUUAAAGCUUCCGCAGCACCAAGUUUCUGCUACAGACUGGCGGGACAGCGGGACUGCGUGUUGGCUAAACGCGAGUCACCGCUGUACCGCCCUCCUUUCAUUCAGACCCUCCGAGAGAUCUUGCAGGACGAGCCCGUGAGUCGACGAUGCAGCUUCAAGGGCACGUUGGUGUAUAAGCGAGAGCCGGAUCAAGAAGAGAACGACCUCUUGAUGUUUGUUACGGACUCCAGCUUGCAGGACGAGAAGUGCUCAGAAAGCACGAGCAGAACUCUACCUGUGUACGUCAGCUCCACCUUCCUGCUCCAGACGUCGGUCCGUCAAGCCGUCGCUGCACUGACACCCCGCUUCAGGCCGAGGCUCGUUUUCAGAGACGCCGUAAUCGAACGAGGGAAGGUCACCAUCUCGAGGCAGUCUGUGGUUCGACCGGACUCGGUGCCAUCCGAAAAUCAGAGUAUUUCCUCUCGCCAGCGUGUUCUGCUGGAUCGUCUGAGUCCCGAGAGCCCGCCCUGCUCUCUUUGCACCGUUACAGGUGUGGUGAUGGACAUCGAUGAGAAUUCUGCUUUUUCGUGGCCAGUCUGCUGUCAGUGCGGUGGUGAACAUUUAGAAGCGCAUGUAGACAGACAAGACGUGUUUUCGUGUGCAGCGUGUGGUGUCGUGGACAAACCAAGCAGAAAGAUGCAGCUGGAAGUGUUUCUCAGCUGUUCGUCUUCGAGUCACUGGACUGUCAAAGUUAAGCUACAGCAAAACUCCAUCAUGUCCCUUCUAGACUCAACCGGAAACACACAGGGUUACGAGGUGGAGGCGGUGCUCGGGAAGAGUGUCGGCCCUCUAAACGCCUUCAUCCAUGUGGUCACCCGCUCUUCCACCCUCUGGAUGGCUUUGGAGGAGAUCACCCUUUGACCUGGGAUCACAAAUACAUCUGUGUGUCUUACUUCACUGGUCUGUCUAAAUACCAAAGCGAGUAUAAUUUUUUACAGCCUAAUAAAUCUGGGUACAAUCCGAGCCGUGCUUUUUUUACGACCCGUGCUGUCAUGUGAUGUGACCUGAGGUGAUGUGAAGGAACGAAGGACAUGUUCAUCAUCAUACUGAACGUCUGCUGUGUGAAGAAUGAGGUGCUAUUAAUAGGGUUUAGAAAGAGUUGUUUUCACAGGUGUUAGUCUGCAGGUAAAACUAACCCUCGGAGCCAAACGUUCGUGAAGAGUGCAAAUAAAACAAGUUGGUCAUGAACCUUGCUGAAAA